AUGUUGAAGCUCGUUGAGGUUGAAGGAACACACACGGUUCAGUCCAUGUACACUUCACUAGACAUUCACGUUGGUCAGUCUUACUCUAUCCUGGUCACCAUGGACCAGCGUCCCCAAAAUUGUUCCAUUGUCGUCUCCACGAGGUUUACCGACACACAACUCUUUGUCGGAUCCACUCUCCACUACUCCAACUCCAAAGGAUCUACGUUUGUACCUAGUAGACAACCUGCCAAUGAACUAGACUUUUCUAUAAAACAAGCCCGGUCCAUCAAGACCAACUUGACUGCGUCCGGGCCAAGGGCUAACCCUCAAGGCUCGUACAAUUAUGGUCGAAUCAAGAUUUCUAGGACUUUAAUACUCGAAAGCUCGGAAGCCCUUGUAAAUAAGAAGCAACGCUACGGCAUAAAUGGCAUUUCCUUUGUUCCUGCGGAUACUCCACUGAAGCUAGCGGAUUACUUUAAAAUCAAAGGAGUUUUCAGAGAAGGAAGCAUCCCUGACAUGCCGAGAAGAGAAGAGGGAGGAAUGAGGCUGGAAACGGCAGUGAUGGGAGCACACCACAAAGCUUUUCUUGAGAUCGUCAUUCAAAACAACGAGAAGAUAGUUCAGAGUUAUCACCUCGAUGGUUACAACUUCUGGGUUGUCGGAAUGGAUAAUGGAACAUGGUCACAGGCGAGCAGACGAGACUAUAACCUUAGGGAUGCUAUUUCUCGCUGCACUACACAAGCCUAUCCAAAAUCUUGGACAGCAGUGUAUGUGACAUUGGACAAUGUGGGAAUGUGGAAUCUAAGGAGUGAGUUUUGGGCGAGGCAAUACUUAGGUCAACAAUUCUACAUUCGAGUUUACUCCCCGGUUCAGUCUCUCAAAGAUGAAGAUCCGUUGCCCAAGAAUGCUUUGUUGUGUGGUCGAGCUUCCAACAGACACAACCUCAUCAUCACUCCGUAG